UUGGAGCGUUCCUGGCACAGCAUUCCCUUCCCAACGUACGCGUCCAGCCGCCGCCAUCUUCCCUUGUGACAAGCAUGAGCUUGGAGUACCUCCUUGAUGUGGCUAUACAGAUCGAGCACCCCAACUUCCCCCAGGAGUAUCUGGAUGCGGAGGACGGCAAGAUGACGAGUCCCACGGGCAGUACUGACUCGGAUCGACGUCGACCGCACGCCCCGUCAGACGACGACGACGUGUCGGUGAAAGUCGAAUGCACAGACAACACGAGUAUGCUCAAGCCCACGUUUAAGUACCGCAAAGCCGAGGCGGCACGACGCCGGCGCCUGGCGAUUGAUCGCCGCAACGAACGGCGGCACAUCGUGCCUCGAUCGACAAUGAACGACGUUGCCACCACAGGCAACAUCGACCGGAACAAGACGAAGAAUCGCAUAUCGGCUGCGUCCUAUCGCGAGAAUCGGGACAAGCGGGUGUCGUUCAUUCUGAACGAACUCGCGCAGCUGCAAGACGAGUUUCCGCAUCUGCAGAGCAAACCAUGGACGCCCGUGAAGAAGCAAAAGAGCGCGAUGCGCGAAGGCGAAACCAAGGACCAAUACCGCAAACGAACAAACCGCGAGUCUGCUGCCGAUUCACGAUUUCACCAACAGCAGAGGCUCCAGCACCUGACGCGAGAACUCGCGCGGUUGCGUCAACUCGCCCAGUUUCAUCGGAGCCAGCAUUCCCAGGACAAUAUUUAACUCUUACUAUUCCAUUAGACUUCGCAUCUUCGCACAUCUCAAUCUUGAGCUAUGUAGCUAUUGCAAGCUCCAUCGCAAUGGAA